CGGGGUGCUGCCCUUCUUCCAGCAUCACACAGUGGAUUAACAAGUGGAGAAAUCAUGAAUCACCAGUGAGGGCCUUACAUUUAUUGAAGCCUUUAUUGUUUGCUGUAGGCGGCUCGUUUGCUGUCUCCAUACGCUGAGCAGCGUUUUCGGACCAACACAAACGAGUGUGCCGACUUAAACCUUUUUAACACAGCUCUUCUUUUAGUUUUUUUUUUUUGUUGUGGCUUCAACGUCAGCUAGCUCAACCUACUAGCCUCAGUUAAACUUGCACUUUUUUUGUGUGUACUAUGGCCGACAACGGGGCGCACCUGGCCGAAGAGGACCCUGCGGCAGCUUUCCUGGCCCAGCAGGAAAAUGAGAUAGCGGGGAUCGAGAAUGACGGCGACGGUCUUGGGGCGCUGGAGGGAGCGGACGACAUGCAGCCGUCCCCUACGGCCAGCUACGAGGAGCCCGCCACGGUGAAUGGAGACCUGUUCCAGGAGGAGGCUAACGGGCCGACGGACGGCUACGCGGCCAUCGCCCAGGUGGACGUCCAGAGGCAGGAGCCGGAAAGCCUGCGCAAGUGGAGGGAGGAGCAGAAGGCUCGCCUGGAAGCAUUAGACUCAGCUUCCAAGGCGGCAGAGGCAGAGUGGAAAGAGAAAGCCAAAAAGGAGCUGGAGGACUGGCACGUGCACCAGGUGGAGCAGAUGGAGAAGAACAAGGCCAACAACAGACUCUGUCCAAGUCUGGCACGGAUUGCUGACAAGGCUUUCUACAAACAGCCCAACUCCGACGUUAUAGGCUUCGUAUCAUCCGAGGAGGCCUUCCUGGCAGAGAGCGACGGCGACAGCCCGGGGACCGAAUGGGAGCGUGUGGCUCGCCUGUGCGACUUCAACCCCAAAACCAGCAAGCAGGCCAAGGAUGUUUCCCGAAUGCGCUCGGUGCUCAUCUCUCUAAAACAGACGCCGCUGGUCCGCUAACGGCGCGCCUCGGAGAAUGUUUAGUUAACCUCGCCUUUUCAGUUUGAAGCGCCACGUCGCCUCCGGAUGACCUGAGUCCUUUCCCAGAAGCCCCCCCUGCCACGUUGAACCUUUUCAGACUCCUUGCCUUUCUCGACGCCUACGUAUUGAUAACCUGACGGCCCUGUUACACAUUUCUAGUGUUUCUGCUUUAACUCCACAGUACUGAAGAAAAUACUGUUACUAGAAGGGUUUUUUUUCCUCUUUAACUUAUAAUUUUAGAUCAACUUUAUUGUUUCUACCUGCAUUUUAAUGCCCUGUUAUGUUUUUUUAAACACGCCCCUUUGCUCCAACACUAAAUGCCAACUAGAUUGUACCCAUUUAUGCCUCUCAUCAGUUUAUAAGCAUAAAACAAUUGUUUGAAUUUUCUGCAUGAAGCCACUAAUUGCUAAAGUUUUAGGCAGCAAAUGUUAUUUUUAUUUCACAAACAUACGCUUGUGGCCUUUCUGAUCACGCUCUUACGCCCCUUUGAGUAUGACGCCAGAUGUUUCUCAUCCAUCAGGCAAACCUUUUACAAAUAAAGAGACUCACAACCAAAGACUUCUGCUACCGUCUGAAUUCAGAAAUUAAAAAUUGCACUUUUUUU